AAAUAGGUACGUAGUUCAAAUGGACGGCACGUAGUCUUUUAUAUACAAUGCUGGCUAAAAGAAGUGAUCUCGGGCAGCUAAAAUGGGCGUUAAGAAGUAGAAAUGUACUUCCUUUGAGCCACUUUUGGUUCAACCUUUAGUAAUAAUGCUUGGUAUUUGGUAUUUGGUAUUUGCUGGUGUUGGUACUGACACUGGAGCCUGUAAUGAGAAGUUUCAGUUAGCCUGCUAGCUGCUGCAGCCAAGUGUCCGUGCCUCAGAGGGAUCUCUCGGCUGAUAAAUGUCUGCUAGACGGGCUCUGGUGGACUGUGCUGUGCUGUCUCUGCAAGAUGCCUGUGUGUUUUACCCGUGCUGUAAAGGCUGCUUGUCAAGGGUUGAUGUUGAACAGCGGGACGCGACGAGGUGGAGGUGCUGUAAGUGUGGUUACAGCUGUCUGAGGGAGCAGGUCGACUACAGAUACCGUCUCUCUCUGAGGGUGACCCGGGACGGAUGCAUAUUUGGAGUAACAGUGUUUGGAAGCUGCCUGAACCCAUUCUUUGGCAUUCAUGCCAGUGGUUUACAGAGGCUGGUGGAGAACUUGGAUGGACCCGUUGGACCAGCAACCAGAUCCACAUUGUUGAUGAAGGCUGUCGCGGAUUGCUUCAUUGGCAGACAUUUCAUCUUUGGCCUUAAGGUAACCGAAACACAAAGUGGGCCUUGGUUUGGAGGGCCUGUUGCAAAUGGCUCCAGCAGUAAAGACACAGUCCACUUUAUCGCCAGUCAGAUGAUUCUCCCCAAAGCUACAGGCCUGGGAGGCUGCACAGUGGUCAGUUAUUAUCGGAUCCUUCUACAGAAAGCUGCAGAAUAUGAGCUGGGAUCUCCUGAUUCCAGGAAAACCUCCAGGCCACCAGCAGCAACCCUUCUGCUGAUUCCUCGUCAUUCUCCAGCCAGUAGCUUCAGUAAUGACACACCUUGUGCCUCAGGUCUUUCCCCAUUACUGCAAAGAUCACAGUACCAAGACUGCACCCUUUCUCCCACCCCUCCAUGGCAACAAUCACUAGGACUAGUUACUUCAUCAGCAGAGCAGGAGGAAGGCUGCAGUACCCAGGACAGUUGCGAUGAGAACAGCAGACAGACGGACAACUUCAAAACACCACAUCACGCACAGAGAGGCUGCCUGGUGGACCAGAUGGUCACAGAGGAGACAGAGCCAUCACUUCUUCUUCCUUUAGAGUGCAGUUCUUACAGUUGUCCGUCGUUUGCCAAAUACUCACACUCAGCUAUUGAGAAAGCUGUUGGAAAUAUCCCCAUCCUGAACACUUGGUUAAGUCCCUCACCUGGUCACAACCGCUCCAAAGCGAAGGGGUCUUCUACCAAACAAGCCACCGAAACAUCUUUGCCAAGCUCCUUGGCUUGGGAGGAUUUGCCUUUUUCCGAGAGUCUUACAGAGUUUUUGUGUGAGGCAAACAAAGAUUUUGACACUGUUUGUGAAACAGAGCCACGGCUAAAUGUGAAAAAUCAGAAAGAAUCAACAAGAGACAACCUGGAAAUCAGAUCACAAGACAGAAACAUAUCAAUUAAAUCAACUUCUGUUUGUCAAAGUAACACACAGAUGACAGACAGACACUCUCGGAUAUUACAGAAUAUAACUAACACACCUGCAGCAAAUGGAGGUGACAGACUCGAUUUAUCUGACCAGGUAUGUAGGAACCCUUCUGGAUGUGUAAACAGAAGUGAAGCCAGAAACAUUUGUUCCCAUAAGAGUAAUCAGGAGGAUGAGAAAGAUAGUUUACUAUCUUAUGAAAACGAUGAAGAAGAGCACUUUGAAGGCGACACUUACAAUUGUUCAGCAGACCUAUUCAGUAGCUCACCCGUGGUCGAUAUGAGCAGAAACACGUUCAGCACACAUGCAGAAACUGUCAGGACGACCCCAGAAGCUCGCCCCGUGCUUUUCAAGUCAGACAAACAGCACCCGAGGAGUGAGACGGCAAAUGUCUCACACUCAACACCAGACGAACAGAAACUGAAAACGAAUACCUGCAUAAACAGAGACGGUUUAAUUCCACCUGGCACACAAGAUGUUAACUUCAUCCCUCCCUCGCAGUCCACUCCCAUUGUAAAAGUAGCUGUUGUAUCAGGGUCACAUGCCUCCCCAUACAGAACCAUGACAUUAGGGGACACUUGUGCUUUUGACAGAAAUCUGCCUGAAUUGGACAGUAAAAAGCCAGCCAAAAUCACAUCUUCUCUUUGUAAAUUAAACAGUGUCAGAGCUAACUUGCUCUCACGGUGCGGCAGAGAGUCUACAAAAGAAAGUCUGGUGUGUAGUACGAGAUCAAGCAGACACAGCCACACGUUUACCCCAAAAAGGAGGUUCUGGAAACCAGACAAACAUAAACACCACCUGCUGACUCAGCAGCACCUGAGGGGCCAGAGGGGGGCUCUGAACACAGACUCAAUAGGAAGGACCAAUCACAGAUGUGACUCAAGUGAUAGUGAUGUGACUGUGUGUGAUUAUGAGGACAGUGACGCAGUUCUUGUUCCUCCCACCCCUGCUGCUAACACACGGCUGAGUGCGUUAGCAGCAGGCAGAAGAAGAAGGCAGCAGACUGAUAAUAGCAGCGGUAGUGUGGAUUAUACUCGGGAAGGGAAGCAGAGAGAUGGUGUUGAUUGUAAAAGAACUCUGUUGCCUCAAACUGUCACAUCUUCACAGAGAGGUCAGGCACAAAGAGGAAACUGUGACAGUGGGACUACUGAUGACGGGAGUCUGGACGGAUCUAAUUGUUACCUCCUUGAUGAUGAGAACCAGGCAUGUGAUUGGUCUAGAGAUCUCUUCUCUGACUCAGUCUGAGAGGUUCUGUUCAAGAUGGAUUUACGAAUAGUUUUUUUUAAUGUGUUCAGGGUUGGCUACCCAACUUAUGAUUGUUUUGAAAGAGUACUUCUACUCCCACUGCUACUACCAACAGUACUGCUACUCCAACUCUCUGCAGACGGAUCUAAGAAUAGAGCACAUAUAUAUUAAACACUAAAGAGAGGAGAAAGGCAACACAGGAGAAGUGUUGCAGCAGCAAAGGUGGGGCAGCUCUUAUUAAUGCCUAUGGUUUUAAAGAUAUUUUAAAAAAAAAUCACAUAUGGGUGUAAUGUGUAGAUUUCCACAUGCUUUUAUAGAUUUAUUUUAAAAGGAACAAUCUUCUGCACAUGGUGCACUUUUUAAAUAAUCAAUGCUUUUAUUGUAAACUUAAAUGUUUGGAUCAGAUGACCUUUUGAAUAUUGAGGUGUGUAAUUUACCUUUUUUGAGCUAUGUGGGCCGUACUGUGACACAUUAGUAAUUAUAUAUAUUAUAUUUCUAAAGGUUUCCUGCUGCUGCAUCUUUACUGCCAUUGCUGGCAUUAUUUACUGUCUGUUCUCUAUUGGUUCUCCAACUUUCUGAAUGCUUUUAAAGUGAUAAUAUGUGUAUGACUGGGUGAAUAUCUGAUAAAGCAAUUGCUGCUGCUACAUCUAAUGACCAUUGAGGAUUAAAAUAUUAAAAUGUUUGACAGAAAUGUAUUGAGUUUUGCAUUUUUAUCCUAUUAAUACCGUAGAUGAUAGAGAUGGACAGGAAAUACUGAGAAGAAAUGGUAUGAGUAGAAGCAAAGGUCCCAACCCCAAGGCAAACAAGACGCUCCGUCACUCUUGAAUGCUCUCCAGUCUAAUUUGAACCACUCUGCUCCCUGCUCCCUGGUACUUCUGUUGGCAGCAGAGUCCUUAAGCUGACCUGCUGUCCUGGUGCUACUGUGUGUGUUUUUGCAGGGGUGUUAACGCAGGGAUGAGUGUGUACAGUGUUAUGCCAGGGAGCUAAGAAUAGCUGCAACCAAAUAUCAUGACUGCAAUGUUCUGGAUGUGUGAGUAAAAGAGAGAGGGCAAAAUGAAGAUGAUGUACAUGUUUAAAAAUGGAACUGGGACAAGAAGUAAGUACAGCUGGAGCUUUGUACUGUAUGUGUUGCAGAGCCAGGGUUGGUAUGUAGUCAGCUGGGUAUGGCGUGAUGCGUGUCUGUGUGGAUGUUCCAGCAUCCUGUUUGGUUGAUCGUUUUCAUUUGAAGUUCUUUGUGUAUAUUUUUAGCAUCAGAACUCUUGGAGUGCUCCUGAGGUACACACACACUUCCAUAAAAUUUUGCCCACACGCAUUUAUGUUACCACGGAGGAUGUUUCCUAAUGACCUAAUGAUCUCCUGACUUCUCUUGACUUUGCCAACAAGUUGGGCGCUUAAAGAAAAACUUUAAGUGUUUGUGCUGGACGGCAAGACCAAACAUUUGUACUACUGUAUUUUUUUAAGAUGUGGGUAAUUUAUAAUUUAUAAUUUAAUAAUUUAUUUAUUUAUUUAUUUGUUGUUGUUUUUUUUUUUUUGCAUGACUGUGCCUUUAUAUGCGUUUAUAGUAGCUUAUUCUACUGUCAGGGGUGCAUAGAAUAUACAAUUUUUUUUUUAUUGUUCAAGCUGCAACAAAUAUGCCAACACAUUUAACAGUGCUUUCUUUUCAAAACAAAAUCUUUUAAACGGUUGUAUAAACACUAAAAUAAUGAAAUAACGUGUUUAAGUAUUCAAAAAGUAUUUCUCAAAUGUUCCAUUACACAAGAAAGAAAUAACUUACAGCAGUUUUUAAAUAUAUAUUAUAUAUAUAUAUAAAUUCAUAUAUUGGAAAUCAAAACCAGUAUUCUGAUUUGUCUAUAUCCGGUUUAUCACCCACCUGUGAAGAGCAGCCGUCCCUAAAUAUGAUGCAAAUGUCUCUGUGGUGGUGUGUUCUUGCAGUCCCUCAGCUGGCAGAGAAUCCACAUUAUGAAAAGGAAGACCCUGUACCUUGUGCUGGAAGUAGUACAGAACGUUGGCUAUGGGAGUACUCAACAGCUCCAGCCUGCACCAGAUAUUUGGUGUUUGUGUGUAUGCCAGAGAAGUUUGGCUCCAGCUGCUUCAGUAAUAAAAAUAGUAAAUAUAACCUCUGGUGCCAUAUAACCAUUUAUAAGUGUCAGUUUAUGCACUUGUAAUGCAAUCAGCCAAUUUGAGUUAAAUGAGAUUUGAAUAUAAAGAUGGUGGUGCUAAAAGAAAAUACCCACACCUCCUGGAGAAAUACUCUUCUGUCUAAGAUUUUUGCCAUUAGCCACUUUUUCAGAUUUUUUUGAUUUUGGUGUAAUCGCAAUGUGUUUGCAGAUAUCUCUUUGAACUUUCUUUUUAACUUUUAAAUGAUUCAGUAACCAUUACUGUGAGAUUUACUUUACUCAUUUACUGAAUGAAGAUUGACAUGACCAUUUUUGUAAAUUGGCCCUUAGCCUUUAGGUGUUUUAUAAAUACAGUCCCAGAGCUUGAUAUGUUUCCAAAAGUUGCAGCUGUGUGUGUGUGCCAAGGGAGACCCUCUCUCCUUUGCGUGCAACUAGUAGCCUACAGUACAUGAGUUAUGCCACCAAUGGAAACACUCAGAGCCACUGUGUCGAGCAUACGUGCUUGACUGCUUGACUCUGUGUGUGUGUGUGUGUGUGUGUGUGUCAUUACUGCCCAUGUCGUAGCAUCAUUUAUUUUAUUAUUAUCUUUAUGUAGGUCAGUGCAUCUGAAUUUUUAUGUUUCAUUUUGUUCAUCAUUGUUUGACAGUGACAGGAAUAUGGCUUGCAACAAAAGUUCCCCUGCUUAAAUCAAACCAAAUGUUGCAAUUAUGCACUUUGACCAUUAGGUUACUGGGAUGGCUAAUUUUGUGUUAUUUUGUUAAAUUAUGUCAAUUACAUUGCAUUCUGUUACACUGUACCCACAUGGCACACUAUAAAAGCACCAUUGUAUAUAUAAAAAUGCACAAAAACACUAUACAACUUAAACUGGUACCAAUAUUAAGCAA